GAUGGCACUACAGGCAGAGAACAACACGUGUUUGAAGAAGAAUUCUCCGAAUUCUUUUGAUUGUUUAAAAAAUGUUUACAUGAUAACCGGCGUGUGCAUCGUAAUUGCUUAAACGUUGCUUAUUUUGUACCCUGUUUUAUUUAUGGACAAAACAGUACUGAAUAACAUACUAUAUAUCGAGGAAUAAAUUAUAACCUUAACAAUGGUGAAGGAACAGUUCAGAGAAACAGACGUAGCCCGUAAGAUAUCCCAUGUAUCCUUUGGAGUGGAUAGUCGCCACAACAUGGAAAGGCAGGCCCAUAUGCAUGUUGUGGCAAAGAAUUUAUAUAAUCAAGAUGUCGAACAUACUCCAGUUCCAUAUGGCGUACUUGAUAGAAGAAUGGGAACCUGUAACAAUACAACAAAUUGUAUAUCAUGUGGCAAAACUUUAAAUGAAUGUAUUGGACACUUCGGAUACAUUGACUUGGAAUUACCAGUGUUCCAUGUCGGUUAUUUUAGAGCUGUUAUUGGAAUUAUGCAAACCAUUUGUAAAAAUUGUUCUCACAUCAUGCUAUCUCAAACUGAUAAAAAACGUUUCUUAGCCAGAGCAUUAAAUCCCAAUUUAGGAUAUUUAUCCCGUAAAGCCUUGCGCAAACAAAUUUUGGAUAAAGCCAAGAAGACCAGCGUUUGUCAAAAUUGUGGAGAUCUUAAUGGGACAGUUAAGAAAGCUGGCUUACUUAAAAUAGUUCAUGAAAAGUAUAAGGCAAAGAAAAAAGUUGAUGCUAUUGUUCAAGAAAAAUUAGCAGAAUACAAUAAUGUGCUUGAGGAUAAUAAAGCUUUGGAAGGUGUACUUCAAAGUGGAUUAGUUAAUGUAUUAAACCCAUUAGAGGUACAAAGCAUUUUAGAAAAAAUACCGGAAAGCGACAUUCCCUUAUUAAUGAUGAAUCCCGAAUGUGCAUUGCCAAAAGAUUUAAUAUUAACGAGAAUUCCUGUGCCGCCAAUCUGCAUCAGACCUAGUGUCGUGUCAGAUUUGAAAGCAGGUACAACUGAAGAUCAUCUCACAAUGAAACUAUCAGAAAUAGUUUUUAUCAAUGAUGUUAUUCAAAAACAUAGACAAAGUGGAGCCAAAGUACAAAUGUAUAAUGAGGACUGGGAAUUUCUUCAGUUACACUGUGCUCUUUAUAUAAACAGUGAAAUGUCUGGUAUACCUCUUAAUAUGCAACCAAAAAAAUCUGGUAGAGGAUUGGUUCAAAGAUUGAAGGGAAAACAGGGUCGUUUUCGUGGUAACUUGUCUGGUAAACGUGUUGAUUUCUCUAGUCGUACUGUCAUUUCACCUGAUCCUAAUCUUAGAAUAGAGCAAGUUGGUGUACCCAUUCAUGUUGCAAAAAUUUUAACAUAUCCUGAAAAAGUAAAUCCAUCAAAUAUAGAAUUAAUGAGAAAAUUAGUGAAAAACGGUCCAGAUGUUCAUCCAGGUGCAAAUUUCAUACAACAGGGAAAAACUCAAUUUAAAAAAUACUUAAGAUAUGGUAAUCGACAUAAAAUUGCCCAAGAUUUACAGUAUGGUGAUAUUGUCGAGAGGCAUCUUAGAGACGACGAUGUAGUACUGUUUAAUCGACAACCAUCUUUACAUAAAUUAAGUAUCAUGGCACAUAAAGCAAAAGUAUUAGAACAUCGAACAUUCCGGUUUAAUGAAUGCGUGUGCACUCCCUAUAAUGCCGACUUUGAUGGUGAUGAAAUGAAUUUACAUUUACCUCAAACUGAAGAAGCACGAGCUGAAGCUUUGGUUUUAAUGGGGAAUAAAUCAAAUUUAGUCACACCUCGAAACGGUGAAUUGUUAAUAGCAGCAACACAAGAUUUUAUCACUGGUGGAUAUCUUUUAACUCGAAAGGAUACAUUUUUGAACAAAGCUCAAGCAAGUCAAUUAGCUGGUUGCCUUCUAGCUGGGCAUGAUCUCGCCAUGUCUAUAAGUUUACCUGAACCUGCUAUCUUAAAGCCAGCUAUGUUGUGGACAGGAAAACAGAUUUUUAGUUUAAUUUUGAAGCCUAAUAGUUCUUGCAAUAUCAAAGCUAAUUUAAAAACUAAAGGAAGAGCUUACACUAACAAUGAAGAAUUAUGCAUUAACGAUUCUUAUGUUAUUAUCCGAAAUUCAGAAUUAAUAGCGGGAUCUAUGGAUAAGUCUACGUUGGGUUCGGGUUCAAAGCAAAACAUAUUUUACAUUCUAUUGCGUGAUUGGGGCGAAGAUAUUUCAACAACGGCUAUGUGGCGAUUAGCAAGAAUGGCAAGCUUCUUUCUCAUGAAUCGAGGCUUUUCUAUCGGCAUUGGUGAUGUUACACCUGGACAGGGACUUCUCAAAGCCAAACAGGAGCUUUUAAAUGCUGGGUACUCUAAAUGUACCGAGUAUAUUCAUCAAAUGGAAGAAGGACGUCUUGUAUGUCAACCUGGAUGUACAGAAGAAGAAACUUUGGAAGCAAUGAUACUAAGGGAACUUUCAGUAAUUCGUGACCAUGCUGGUAAAGCAUGUUUGAAAGAGCUUCAUCCAAGCAAUAGCCCAUUAAUUAUGGCCUUGUCCGGUAGUAAGGGCAGUUUCAUUAAUAUUUCACAAAUGAUUGCUUGUGUAGGACAACAAGCUAUUAGUGGUAAAAGAGUUCCUAAUGGAUUUGAAGACAGAGCUUUGCCGCAUUUUGAACGACACUCGAAAAUUCCUGCAGCUAAAGGUUUCGUCGAAAACUCCUUUUAUUCUGGCUUAACGCCAACAGAAUUUUUCUUUCAUACAAUGGGUGGAAGAGAAGGUCUUGUAGAUACGGCGGUUAAAACUGCAGAAACCGGCUACAUGCAACGGAGAUUGGUUAAAAGUUUAGAGGACUUGUGCCUUCAUUAUGAUAUGACAGUUCGUAAUUCAGUAGGAGACAUUGUACAAGUUUUAUAUGGUGGAGACGCUUUAGAUCCUACGUACAUGGAAGGUAAAAAAUGUUGAUGUCCUUGCUCUAUUCUAGCUAAAUCACCAUGCAAGAAUGAAAAACCCUUAGAUGGUACUAGUAUAGUCAAAGCUACAAAUGAAUUAUUGAAUUCCGAGGAAUAUGAAUGUCUCAGCAAGGAAUUUAAGCAAGAAUUAUCGACAUUUCUUGAGACCGUAGCGCGUAAAAUAGCACGCCUUCGGCAUAAUGCUCCACCGAGCGUACCUGUAAUUUUACAACUUGAACGACUUACAGUUUCUCAAUUAGUAGAAUUUAUUCACACUUGCAAAGAAAAAUACAUGAGAGCUAAAAUUGAACCAGGCACUGCCGUUGGCGCACUCGCUGCACAGAGUAUUGGUGAACCGGGUACACAGAUGACCUUGAAAACCUUCCACUUUGCUGGUGUAGCAUCUAUGAACAUUACUCAGGGUGUACCGCGUAUUAAAGAAAUUAUUAACGCAAACCCGAAAAUUAGUACCCCUAUUAUCACAGCAGCACUAGUAAACGAUUCUGAUCCAGAAUUUGCCAGGAGAGUAAAAGGUAGAAUCGAAAAGACCACUUUGGGAGAAGUAACUGAAUAUAUUGAAGAGAUAUACUUACCAGACGAUUGUUUCUUACUAAUAAAAUUGGAUGUUGAUAGAAUAAAAUUGUUAAAAUUAGAAGUAGAUGUAAAUUCAAUUCGUUAUUCAAUUUGUACAUCAAAGUUAAGACUAAAUCCGAAAUUAGUAAACGUUAGAGGUGAUUCCAUCAUCACUGUGAAUCCGAGCAAAAAUAAGCACAGUUUGAAUUAUGCACUCACUCAACUAAAAGAAACAAUUCCAAACAUUGUUGUGAAGGGUUUACCAUCAGUUUCUAGAGCCGUCAUUCACAAUGAUGAUUCAAGUGGUAAAACGCGGUACAAACUAUUUGUCGAAGGAGAUAAUAUGCGUGAAGUCAUGGCAACUCUUGGCGUUUUAGGACGAAAAACAACUUCGAAUAAUACAUUAGAAGUCUUCAAAACUUUAGGAAUUGAGGCUGCAAGAGCAACUAUAAUGACAGAAAUUAAAUUAGUGAUGGAGAACCACGGAAUGAGCAUCGAUCGAAGGCAUCCAAUGCUUGUAGCAGACUUGAUGACUAGCAGAGGAGAAGUGUUAGGUAUUACGAGGCAAGGCUUAGCAAAGAUGAAGGAAUCCAUUUUAAAUUUAGCUUCGUUCGAAAAAACAGCCGACCAUCUAUUUGAUGCAGCUUAUUAUGGACAAAAAGAUGUUAUUUGCGGCGUGUCAGAAUCAAUUAUUAUGGGUAUCCCAGUCCCAGUAGGAACAGGAAUCUUCAAAUUACUUCACAAAGCUGACAAGGAUGAGCCACAAAAAAGGAAUUUAAUAUUCGAUGACCCACAAUUCCACAAAAAGGUUACAAAAAACGCGACAUAA